AUGAAUUUAGCUUUAUCAUGGGAGAAAUGCUACUACAUGGUCACGGAAGGAAUUGUGCUUGGGCAUAAGAUUUCAAAAAGGGGAAUUGAAGUCGACAGGGCUAAAACGGCAGUCAUUGAGACCCAACCACCACCGCACAAUGUUACAUCUUUAAGAAGCUUCUUGGGACAUGUAGGAUUUUACAGAAGGUUCAUAAAAGAUUUCUCGAAAAUCGCGAGGCCAUUGACUAAGUUGUUAGAAAAGGACGCCAUUUUUGAAUUAAACAAAGAUGCUAUGAAGGCAUUCCAAAGUUUAAAGGAUGCCAUGGUACAUACUCCAAUCCUUGUAGGACCAAAAUGGGAUCAACCCUUUGAGUUGAUGUGUGACGCAAAUAAUUUCGCUGUUGGAGUUGUGCUAGGGCAGAAAAACGAUAAGAAAUUUCAACCUAUCGCUUAUGCCAGUCGGAUGUUGACUAAGCCACAGCAAGCCUACACCACGACCGAGAAAGAACUGUUUGCAAUUGUGUUUGCAUUAGAUAAAUUUAGAUCAUAUCUCUUAAUGUCAAAGGUCGUUAUUCAUACUGACCAUGCAGCCAUCAGUGCAGCAGAUCAUUUGUCAAGGUUAGAGAAUGAGAAAGGACAGGAUAUAAUUGGGAACGUGAAUGAAUAUUUUCCAGAGGAAAAGCCGAUGGGCCUCUAUCUCACACCUUGGUAUGCAGAUCUGGCCAAUUAUCUUGUAGGGGGAGAGCUACCGAAAUUUUUAAAUAUACACGCCCGAAGAAAAUUAAUAGCAGAGUCUCGAUAUUACUUCUGGGACGAGCCUUAUCUUUUCAAAGUAUGCGCAGAUCAAAUAAUUCGACGAUGUGUAACAGAGGCUGAAGGACAUGAAAUCCUAGGAGAAUGCCAUCAAAUGGGCCAUCACUCAACUAACAGAACUGCUAGAGAGCACUCGAAGCAGGAUUCUACUGGCCCUCAAUAUUUCGGGAUGCUCAAAUCUGUGUCAGAAACUGUGACAGAUGUCAACGAACUGGGAACAUCACCGGAAAAGAUAAGAUGCCGCAGAAUUACAUACUUGCUAGACUAUGUCUCCAAAUGGGUUGAAGCAAAGGCACUGCGCAACAAUGACGCAAGAAGUGUAACAAGAUUUCUGAAAAGAUUGUUCACAAGAUUUGGAGUACCACGAAUUGUGAUCAGCGAUAGAGGGACACACUUCCGGAACGUACCCAUGCGGAGAUUGCUUCAAAGGCAAGGUAUACAGCACCGAGGAGGAGUGCCCUAUCAUCCUCAGACUACCGGGCAAGCCGAGAAUGCAAACAGAGAUAUUAAAGCCAUAUUGGAAAAGACAGUAUCUCGGCAUAGAAAAGAUUGGGUUGAUAAGCUUAACGAUGCGUUAUGGGCCUUCAGGACUGCUUAUAAGACACCGAUAGGUACCACUCCAUACAGAUUGGUAUACGGCAAGGCAUGCCACCUUCCAGUUGAAAUCGAACAUAAGGCGUAUUGGGCUAUUAAGAAAUUAAAUGAAGACCUAUUCAUAGCAGGACAGGAGCGAAUGUUUCAACUGAAUGAACUAGAAGAAUGGCGUUUGCUGGCUUAUGAAACAUCCAGAUCUCGUUGCAAGAACAUGAGAAUCGUCCAUCCAAGCACUUCGAAGCAAUAUGACAUGGGAUGCAUACUAGGUCAUCUACCUCUUAUCCCUUGUUUAUCUAUUCUUUGA